AUGUCGGAGCCUCUGAUUAUUGGGAGAGUGAUAGGAGACGUUCUCGACUUUUUCAUUCCAACCAUCAAUAUGUCUGUUACUUACAAUAACAGGCAAGUCUUCAAUGGUCAAGAGCUCUAUCCUUCUGCAGUGAACAGCAAACCAAGGGUUGAGAUUCAAGGAGGUGAUCUGAGAAGUUCCUUCACACUGGUCGUGACAGAUCCAGAUGUUCCGGGCCCUAGUGAUCCUUAUUUGAGGGAGCACCUGCACUGGAUUGUCACAGAUAUUCCAGGGACAACAGAUGCUACAUUUGGAAGGGAGGUGGUAAGCUAUGAGAUCCCAAGGCCUAACAUAGGCAUCCACAGGUUUGUGUUUGUUCUCUUCAAGCAGAAAAGCAGACAGACAGUUCAAACACCUGAUUCAAGGGAUCAUUUCAACACCCGAAGGUUCGCAGCUGAGAACGACCUUGGCCUCCCUGUUGCUGCUGUCUUCUUUAAUGCACAGCGAGAAACAGCUGCUAGGAGACGCUAG